UUGGCUCUUCCUGGUUACUGGUGAACGUAUCAUGCCGCUGCCGGGAGCGUACCAAGAGUACUGACAGGGGCGACCCCCGGAGGAGGGGGGAGAGUGAGGACAGCACAGAGCAAAGGGGACUACACACAGCUGCUAUUAUGUGGGCUGCAUGCUGUAACUGGCUUUGUCUAGAUUCUCAGCCGGAAGACACUAUUCCCAGUGGGAGAACUCAGGCUUCUUCAAACCCAAACGUCAGACCCCCCUCUACCAUUCCAAAUAUCACUUGUAGGGCUUGUGGCACACAGCUACCUAUCAGAAAGAGCCCUUGCAUGGAUUGCAUGAAUAACUUUUGUGGAUCGUGUUUUUCCCAAGUAAAUGGUAGUCAACCCAUAUGUCAACUCUGCUGGAAGUUCCGCUCAACUUUUUUCUCCCGUGAAGAGUUAUUGAAGAUGAAGGUGAAAGACUUGAGGGAUUAUUUAUCUAUGAGAGGCAUAUCUACUGAUCUAUGUCGAGAGAAGGAUGACUUGAUACAGCUGGUGUUGAACCAGAGACCAACAGUGAAUCAUACUGAUAUUCCAAGUUCUGAUAUUCCACAGUUUACAUCCAAUCAGAACAGAGCUGAUCAUGAUGAAGGUCCUGCUCCCUCACAACAACCACAAACGGAAAAUAGCAGUACAACUCCUUCAGAGGAUGGAGAAGAUUUGAUGGCGGAACAAGAGACUGAGUCCUUAGACUCCGAAGAGGUACUAGUGCCCGGGCGGAGGGCCUCACUCUCUGACAUCCACAGCGUAGAGGAAAUUGAAGACCUAACUGUGCGUCAGCUGAAGGAGAUCCUGGCCAGGAACUUUGUCAAUUACAAGGGUUGCUGUGAAAAGUGGGAGCUGAUGGAACGUGUUACGCGGCUCUACACUGAACAGAAGGGUCUUCAGGAAAAAGUUGCAGUUGCUGAAGGAGGAGGCAAUCCUGGUGCAGCACUUGAUGAUCACAUAUGCAAGGUGUGCAUGGACUCCCCCAUCGACUGUGUUCUGCUGGAAUGUGGCCACAUGGUGACCUGUACAAAGUGUGGCAAACGAAUGAGUGAAUGCCCCAUAUGCCGCCAGUAUGUGGUGCGGGCUGUACAUGUCUUCCGAUCCUGAUUUUUCCAUUUCUGGGGCAUAAAGUAAUAUAUUUACAGCCUCGUACAAACAAUUAUGCUGCGCUAUACAUUUAUAUCUGGAAGAGUGCUGCAUGAGAAAUAGGACAGGCAGCUGCAUCCAUCCAUCACACCACAAGGUGGAGAUAGUCUUACUUUUUAUUUUCAGAAUAUUCUGCUCUCUGGGUUUUGUAUGUUAUGAAGUGGUUUCUUAAUGCCAGUGAAUUCCAUAAGAGGAAAAAAAACAAAUAAACUCAGAAGCAUCCCUGACAUAUAUAUGAAUAGUCUUAUCAUAUCAAAAAUGGGCCCCUUUGCCCGACCCAUUUUAUGAGGAACUGUACAACAUUCACUUGUGCUUUUUAGACAAACAAUUUUCAGAUGUGAUCUAUGAGUAUCUAUCAAUUAUUCAGUUUUGGUGUAAGAAUAUUAUUUUGACUAAAUGACUAGCUACUGAGAGCUUGGAGUUACAUAUAUAUGUUUUGUAAUUUUUAUUCAGUAGUGCCUUACACGAUUGCCUUAGCCAUUACAUUGGUGAAAAUAUUUGCUUUGGUAUAUUAGUUACAAAACUUAAUUUACAGUUCAAUAUAUAAAGAGUAAUGCUCAUCUUAUUUCUUUACUAUUGCGAUCAUUAGAAACUCAGGCCAAAUCAUUUUUACGAGGGAAAUGUAUGCACUAUUUUCUGAAUAAAUAACACCACCUAGCAUUUUGUUAACACAGAGAAAAUAGGAAUGUCUUAAAAGUAAUCAUCAUAAUUCUAUAUAAACAAAGCGCCUCUUUGGCAAGAGACAUAAUUAUUUUAUGAUAGAUUACUUUGCAUUUGCACUGUUUAUUGAUAAAUUACCAGGAAGCUAAAGUAACUGGUGUUUAUCAAGUACUUUUUAGGUAAAAGUAAUUAUGUUUUUCAGACAUCCGCUUGAAAGUACAUUUAAGGAAAGCAUUAUUAAAAAAUAAAUAACUUUUGUUGGAGGUCUGCAAAUGAAUCCCAAAUUGUGCAUAUUAGGAUAUCCCUGAUUUUACAUAAGUGGUUCAGAUUAUGAGCCAGUGAUUCAUAAAGCACACACAAAACAAACUGAUAGACGACACUGCUAUAAGAACGUAAAUUACAUCUGCUACACACACUAGCAAUAUUUUACUGAAAUCAGUGUUUCUGAUACUAGUUUUGUUUCCGAUUGCCAGCCAGAACCUAAAGCUGCUGCCUUUCUUUUAUAUUCCUAACCUGUGCUUUAUGAUCCAAUGCAGCAAGUAAAUCUUUUAGUAACCAAUUGAGUCCCAGUGCCAUGUUCAGACUUUUAACCAUAUUCGAAGCAUGAGAGGGCACUACAGCAAAUGGCCAGUCAGAUGCAAUUGUUUACUUUCAAAUGGGACCUGUCAUCUUCUUCAGGAAUGUAAUAAAUUAGAUUCUAAAGCACAAGAGGCCAAUUUAUUUAUUAUAGUGGACUAAAUGUGCAGCCAUUUAUUUAUAAACAACAUUGUUGCUGGUGCAUUGUCUCUGUUAUGGUGGCAUGGAUGAAGACGUGCACAAACAUUUUCUUAUUUGUUUUUAGUAAUUUUACUUUAUUGGCAUUGCUUUUUAUGAACCAUUAGAUUAAGGUAAAGUCUUACACCUGUGCAGAUCUACAUAAAGUGGGGUUCAUUUCAUAUAUUACAAAGGUACAGCAUGUAUUGUUUUGUAACCAAUAGAGCAGAUCUUAAGCCACAUACACAUAACUGAUGUACCAGUCCCCUUUGAGAUGAUGCUUGACCUUCUCAGCUGCUACCUGUAAUAACUACAAUAAUAAAAGGGCUACAUUUAUCAACUGGACUAAUAGUUAGGUGCUGUGCCUUCGUGGACAGUAUGUCCCUUGGCCAUUAGUGCCUCCAAUUUUAAAUAAAGCUUUGAAAGAUUAAUAGUUUAAUAAACCCGCUCCAGGUGUUGUGGGAUAUUUUUACAAAAGAGUUCUGCUUUAUUUUGUUUUGUAAUAAAGUUUUAAGUUGAUUAAGAA